UGACAGUCACAAGCUACCUGUGGACGGACACAGUCUGGAUACUUAACGGUGAGUUCAAUACUCGUCCCAUCUUCUGUAUUUCUACUGUUUCUAAGACGACAUGACUAAACCGUGCUCUGAUUAUUACCGAGAGAGUUACAUUUGAUUCAAUUUAUGUUGAAAACGGAUGAGAUACUGGAUUGGUUUGAAAAAAAACUAAAUUGUAGUUUCAGUUAUGGUUUGUGAUGAGCCUCAAAAUAGAGGAAAUUCGACCACCACAAUCCUAAUUCCAUCGAUAGCCAACCAUGUGUUUUAUGAUGCAUGAUGUAGUACAGUUGACCAAUAUGGCUACAGUGCUGUAACAGGUGCAAUAGCUGUGGAACAGCUCAAAUGAACUCAAUUUGUGCAUCGGUAGACUUUAUGUACACCAUAAACUGUAAUACAUACUCUAAAAUCAUGCACUUUGAUAUGUAGUUUAAAAUCAUGUGCUUUUUAAAUGUACUUUAAAACCAUGUGGUCUCAUACCAUAUACUUUAAAACCUUGUACUCUAAUGUGUACUCUGAUUGUGUACUCUAAUAUCAUAUGCUGUAACACCAUGUACUCUGACAGGGUGAAUACUAACCUGCAAUCUGCCACUGGUUCAUGCUGGCCGUUUAUGGGCAGGCAGAGAUGGGGAUCUCAGUGUGGCUGGUGUUAGCUGUAAUACUGCUCUGCUCAGGGGUCCAGAGCCGCCCCCCUGCCUGCCCCAGCCCCUGCCUCUGUACUCCGGGCCCCACCCUCAACUGCUCCACGGCCGGCCUCUCCCUGGCGCCGCCUCUCCUACCAGCCUCUCUCUCCUCCCUGGACCUGUCCUAUAACCUCUUGACCUCCCUCAGACAGCGCUGGGCUCAGCCCUCACUCCGGAGGCUCUGGCUGGGACACAACAACCUCACACACCUCUCGCUGUGUGUAGGGGGCCCCCGUCCCCCUCAUCGUGGCCCCCCAGGGGGCAGGGGGGGGUGUGAGUCCUGGGCCCCCGCCCUGGAGAUGCUCUCUGCCGAGAGAAACCUGCUGGAAGGACUCCCCAGGGGUCUGAAGGGCCUCAGGGGUCUGCAGGUGCUGCAUCUCCCCAACAACAGGAUCUCUUCCGUGGGAGAAGAGGACCUGGGACACCUGCCCCAUCUGAGAGAGCUGCUCCUGCAGAACAACCUCAUCUCCAGCCUCCACCCCCAGGCCCUCCGACACCUGCCCCAGCUCAGGGUGCUGGACCUGAGUUUCAACCUGCUGACAACACUCUCCCCCACGACUCACCUGUGGCUGGGUGCCCUUGGGGGCGGGGCUAGUCUGCGAGGGAACAAGUGGAGGUGUAACUGCGCCCUGCGCAGCUUGCAGAGGAGGAUGACCCAUGACCGGGACCUCGGCCGACGUAACUGGGGGGGGGUAGUGUGCACGUGGCCCCCCUCCCUCUCAGGCAGAGAGCUGCUGCAGCUGGAGGAGGCAGAGCUAUCCUGCUCUAGGGGAGGGGCCAGUGAAGGGCGGCACCAGGAAGUGAAGGUGGAGGAGGGGACGGAGCUUCUGCUGCCCUGUGACUCAUCACAACAAGGUUCACAAUGGCAGACUCCAAGGGGUGUGGUCUCUGGGGGCGUGUCCGGGCUGCUGAUCCAUGACAUCACAGCGCAGGAUUCCGGGUUGUACGUGUGUGUGUCCGGACCAGAGGGAGCGCUGUCCGUGUACGACGUCCAGGUCCACUUAACAAGAGAGCCCGGUCCAAGAGCAAGGACCAGAAGCUCCAGGAGCUUGAACAGGGCAGGGCAGGAGCUGAGCCCACAGUCGGGCGGCCCUCAGGGGGGAGUAAAGUCCCUAGAGUCCCCCACCAAGUCAGACCUGACGCUGGCCAUCUGCCUCUCCGUCUUCAUCACCUUCCUCGUGGCUUUUAUUCUCGGCGUCCUUGCCAGGCCUCUGCUGGACAAGCUCUGCAGGAGGCUCCGCCCCAAACGAAGCCCCCCCUCCUCCCCAGCCGUUGACGCCCGCCGUCCCUACGACAACGGGGCAUACUCGGACGAGGAAGAGGAGCAGGAGGGAGGACUCGAGAGGAGAGUAACGUUCACCCGCCCCGCUGGCGGCCAGAGCGACCCCGGCACUGUGCAGUACUACGAUACGUUGGCUGGCAGCGAACAGAACGACCAGGUGUAUGACACAGUUAAGGAGGAGGCGAUCUACUCUAACACUCUGCAGUGGGAAGCCUCUCCAGGGACCCCGGAAGGAGGGAGACCCAGGGGACGUAAUAACUCCGAGAGGGAGUCUGACGGCAGAGACGGAGAGCAGCCACCAAGAGGUCACACCAUGGAGUUUGAGCCCAUCCCUGAUCUUGACCCAGGGGUGGAGAGGAGGCGCCUGUCUGAGUCCUCAUCACACUCCUCCCACUCCUCACACAGUUCAGACGUACCAGGACGAAGAGGACAGGUCACCCAGAACAACCCCUGGGAGCCCUCGUCCCCACCUCAGACGGAUAUCCCCCUCCAGCAGAGGGCGGCGUCGCCUGUCGUCACCCAGGCCCCCACCCUUCCCUCCCCUGUAGCAGGGAGCGAGGUCCCCGGGUUCUCCUCUGAGCCUUUCGCCGACUGGAAGCCCAAGAUGGCUAUCGGGGAGGACCCAGAGGAGUACAACGACAGUGGGGAGAGUUUCGAAUUUUCGGAUUCCUUCCGAGGGGCUUCGGGCCGGUUCACCGAUUUAGGAUUUCCCGGCCGGGGGUCUGUGAGGGAACACUCCGACAGCUCGGUCUGCAGCGAGAGCGAAACCACGGAGUACACCGUCAACGUGGAGAGAGAGGAAGUGGAGGUGAAAGACGAGGCGGUGAAGGAUGCACAGCUGGCACAUGGCACUUUGCCACAACCUGACCUCCAUCCCAGACCCGGCGCUGAUCAGGAGCGCUUCCGUGACAAGGAGGUGGAGUCGUCCGGCUCCUCCCAGUCCAGCAACAGUGAUGGCGAGGACACCCAGUACACGGUGAACCGAGAGGAGGAUGAAGAUGAAGAAGAGGAGGUUAACCCAGUGCCACACCCAGACCCAGUGGCAAGGUGGGCUGGUCUGGGUCUUAAAGGACGGCUGGAUAUCAAGGUAUCUCAGGAGAACACACUUGACACCCCCAAAACACCUCCAACUGCCUCUUCAUCCAGCGACAGUGAGGAAGAAACAAGUGAACAGAUAAACAGACAAACUAAAAUUCCAGACAAUCGUGACUCAUCUUUCAGUGUUGGAGGUGUUCCAGUAUCCUUCGCUCCUAGGAGAGCUCUCAACAUCCACUUGGACAACUCAACCAGCAGCAGAGAUGAGCAAGCAUGGAGGUCAACCAGCACCAAACACCAGGAACAGGAAAUCAAACCUGCUUCUCCACCUGAGACCCCCAGAACACCUCCACCUGCCUCAUCCUCCAGCGACAGUGAAGACGAGACCAGAGAACAAACUAAGGUUCCAGUUAAUCGUGACUCAUCUUUCAGUGUUGGAGGUGUUCCAGUAUCCUUCGCACCUAGGAGAGCUCUCAACAUCCACUUGGACAACUCAUCUCAGUCAAGCACAGAUCAGUCCGCAUGGAAGUCUUCCAGCACUAAAUACCAAGACGACCAAAUCAGGGCUGCUUCUCCAUUGUCAUUUGACAAAACUGUACCCUCUUUAUCCAGCGAAACUGAGGAUGAGACCAUAGAACAGACUAAGGUUUCAGACAAUCAUGACUCAUCUUUCAGUGUUGGAGGUGUUCCAGUAUCCUUCGCUCCUAGGAGAGCUCUCAACAUCCACUUGGACAGCUCAUCUCAGCUCAACGCAGAUCAGAAUGCAUGGAGGUCCACAAGCACCAAAUACCAGGAGCAGGAAAUCAAACCUGCUCCUCCACCUGAGAUCCCCAGAACACCUCCACCUGCCUCUUCCUCCAGCGACAGUGAAGAUGAGACCAGAGAACCAACUACAGGUUGUGACUCACCUUUCAGUGUUGGAGGUGUGAAAGUAUCUUUUGCUCCUAGGAGAGCUCUCAACGUUCACUUGGACAACUCAGCUCAGCUCAGCACAGAUCAGAACACAUGGAGAUCCAACAGUACUAAAUACCAAGUAGAAGAUAGUUCUUCCCAGAUCUGGGGACGACUGGACACCAAACCACCCCAUGAAUCUCCACCUGCCUCAUCCAGUGACAGUGAAGAAGAAACUAGUGAACACAUAAACAGACAAACAAAGGUUCCAGUUAAUCGUGACUCAUCUUUCAGUGUUGGAGGUGUUCCAGUAUCCUUCGCUCCUAGGAGAGCUCUCAACAUCCACUUGGACAACUCAUCUCAGUUAAGCACAGAUCAGAACACAUGGAGGUCCACCAGCACUAAAUACCAAGACCACCAAAUCAGGACUGCUUCUCCAUUGUCAUUUGACAAAACUGUACCCUCUUCAUCCAGCGAAAGUGAGGAUGAGACUAUAGAACAGACUAAGGUUUCAGACAAUCAUGACUCAUCUUUCAGUGUUGGAGGUGUUCCAGUAUCCUUCGCUCCUAGGAGAGCUCUCAAUAUCCACUUGGAUAACUCAUCUAGCAACAAAGAUGAAUACGCAUGGAGGUCCACAAGUACUAAAUACCAGGAACAGGAAAUCAAACCUGCUCCUCCACCUGAGAUCCCCAGAACACCUCCACCUGCCUCUUCCUCCAGCGACAGUGAAGAUGAGACCAGAGAACAAACUAAGGUUCCAGACAAUCGUGACUCAUCUUUCAGUGUCGGAGGUGUUCCAGUAUCCUUCGCUCCUAGGAGAGCUCUCAACAUCCACUUGGACAACUCAUCUAAUCUCAGGACAGAUGAAAUUGGAUGGAGACCCACAAGCACCAGAUACCAGGAAGAGGAUACCAAAUUGUCUUCUCCACCUGCGAUCCCCAGAACACCUCCACCUGCCUCAUCCUCCAGCGACAGCGAGGACGAAACUAGCGAACAGAUUAACAGACAAACCAAGUACGAUGAGGACUCACCUUUCAGUGUUGGAGGUGUGAAAGUGUCCUUUGCUCCUAAGAGAGCCUUCAACAUCCACUUGGACAGUUCAACUCAGCUGAGCACAGAAGAAAAAGCAUGUAGACCCACAAGCACCAAAUACCAGGGAGAAGAAAGAAGUUCUUCCCAGACCUGGAGACGUUUGGACAUUCAGGUACCCAGGAAUCUCCACCUGAGACCCCCAGAACACCUCCACCUGCCUCCUCCUCCAGCGACAGUGAGGAUGAGACCAGAGAACAAACUAAGGUUUCAGACAAUCAUGACUCAUCUUUCAGUGUUGGAGGUGCUCCAGUAUCCUUCGCUCCUAGGAGAGCUCUCAACAUCCACUUGGACAACUCAUCUCAGCUCACAGAUGAGAACACAUGGAGACCCACAAGCACCAAAUACCGUGAGGAAGACAUCCAACCUGCUUCUCGUUUGUCAUCGUACAAGAAUUCCACCUCUUCCUCCAGCUUUGCUUACGAAACGAGGUCUGAAGAAUCUCCUCUCAGUGUUGGCAGUGUGGCUGUGUUUCUGGCCCCCAGGAGAGCUCUGAACAUCCACGUAGACAGCUCAUCCAGCAGCACUGACGAUCCUGGAUGGAUGGCCAGUCCAGAGGACAGGGUUGGCAGGGAAAGGCUGUCUGGUACUGAGACACAGCGAUGGGAGACGGAGAAGACCAGCUCGCUUAGGACCACUUUUCAGGACCCCCCUCCCUCCCUACAGACUACUUCCACCUCCGGACUUGAGCCGAGGACCAAUAUGUCCGGGACUGGUCUCCGAAUGCCCCGACUCCGGAGGCGUCUAGUUGUUGACAUCCAAGCCCCUCAGGAGGCUGCUCCUGGGACAGUGCCCCCCGGAGGCGAGGAGGGGGAUGACGGGCAGGACUGGAGGAGUUCGGGCCAGCAGGGGGGAGAGGUGGCUGGGCUAAGCCCUCUGGGUUCACCUUCCUGGGGGGCUGGAGGAGGGACGGGCUCCCUGGGGCUGUUGGGUUACGCCACGCCCUACCAUUCCGCACGCCCCUACCAUAGUGUUACCUUGGAGACCGUGACUCCCACCAGUCCUAGGGGAGACCAACAGCAGACAGACGUCUGACGGGGGGCGGGUUGGGUUCCGACAUGGGGGGGUCAGCAGGUCUGUCAAAUCUCCCCCCUCCAGCUGGAACCCAGACAGGGCAGGCAGGUCUAGAGCCCUCCCACUCUGUGUAUCAGUGUCACUUUAUUAUGUAACAUCAAUACACUCUCCUCAUUGAGAAAAUUAAUUUCGGUAUUGAUGGACGGACAUGGAGAUAUUUAGAUUUUAAUAUUAUUACAAUCCCAGAAUGCUACUCUCCUUACUCUGUAAACUAUCAACAGUGUUUUUUAUAACCCAAUUAUAUAUUUUGCAAACAGUACUAAAUUACGUCUGAGAGAUUAUAAAAUGUUAGUCAUACUCAUGCAUUCCAGAACCUUCUCUAAUCACCAUGUAUAUUUGUAUGGAUACAGUAUGUUGUCAAGAUACACAAACCAAUACAAGACAGUAUUUGUCACACAGCACUGCCUUACUAAUGUGAUCACGUCUAUGACUUGAUAAAUUAUUAACAUAAACAAUAUCCACAGUGUUGGUGUAGUUUAUGUCCAAGUUGCAUCAUGG